UGGUGGUUCGUAGAGAGAUAGCACAUAGGUUUAAUUUAGUCGCUGGGAACAUAUCUCUGAGCCCAGAGCAGAGCCUCUCUCCUCUUCCACUCGUGUCGCCCUAACAGCUUUCCAGACGUUUCCCAGAAAGCUGCGCUCAUCGAGCCCGGAGUGAUGGGAGAGGCCGAGACGAGACAGAAACUGCUUCGCAAUGUGAAGAAGGAGGUGAAGCAGAUAAUGGAGGAAGCCGUAACGAGGAAAUUUGUGCAUGCAGACAGCAGCCACAUUAUCUCCUUCUGUGCUGUUGUAGAGGCAUGCGUGCUGCAUGGACUGAAGCGUCGAAUUGCAGGCCUGCUGUGCAGUAAUAAGGUCGCUGCACUCUUUAUGAAGGUAGGAAAGAGCUUUUCUCCUGCUGAGGAGCUCUGUCGCAAGGUCCAGGAGCUGGAGCAGCUUAUUGAAAACAGCAAACAGAACAUUUCGUCUCUUAGUAAUGACCGCAGUCGGCAGUCAAAGUUACCCAACCUCCCUCCUCAAGCUCUGAAACACCUGUGGAUAAGAACAGCUUUGAUGGAGAAGCUCCUGGACAAGAUUGUUCUGUACUUGGUGGAAAACAGCAGUGCAUUUUACGAUAAAGAAGCCAUGCUGAUGGAUCCUGUGGAUGGACCAAUCCUUGCAUCUCUACUGGUUGGGCCUUGUGCACUGGAGUACACCAAAGUUAAGACGGCGGACCAUUUCUGGACGGAUCCAUCUGCUGAUGAGCUUGUACAGCGGCAUCGAAUCCACAGCAGCCACUGUCGGCAGGAUUCUCCCUCCAGAAGGCCCGCCUUGAUCCAGAAGAGACAGUCUAGUGGUAGCAUGGAUGAUCGACCUCUCACAUGGGUGAGAGAGUACGUGGAGUCCCUCCACCAAAACUCCCGAGCCACUCUUCUGUUUGGGAAGAACAACGUUCUGGUGCAGCCAAGAGACGGCAUGGAGGCCAUUCCAGGAUACCUUUCUCUUCAUCAAACUGCAGAUCUCAUGACCCUGAAGUGGACUCCCAAUCAGUUGAUGAAUGGCAAUGUUGGGGAGCUUGAUUCUGAAAAGAGUGUUUUCUGGGAUUAUGCGAUGACAAUUCGUUUGGAGGAGAUCGUUUACCUUCACUGUCAUCAACAAAUAAACAGUGGUGGUACUGUAGUUUUGGUGAGUCAAGAUGGAAUCCAAAGACCUCCACUACAUUUUCCCAAAGGGGGUCAUCUGCUCCAGUUUCUCACUUGUCUAGAGACUGGCCUGCUACCUCACGGACAGCUGGACCCUCCACUCUGGAAUCAGAGAGGAAAGGGAAAGGUUUUCCCCAAACUGCGUAGGAGAAGUCCCCACAGCUCGUGUGAUUCCGUGUCAGAUAAGGAAGAGGAUGAAGCCACUGAUUAUGUGUUUCGGAUCCUCUUCCCAGGCAAUCAGAUGGAGUUCAUGCCUCUUGAGAUCAUGGAUCAGGGCGUUACUAUGUGGCAACCAACGCCUAGAAAAUCCUCCUGCUCCUCCUGCUCACAGAACGGCUCCUCUGAUGGCUCUUUACCUAAUGGCUGCAAUCAUGAAAGGGCUCCUAUAAAGCUCCUUUGCGACACAAUGAAAUACCAAAUAAUCUCUCGGGCUUUCUAUGGAUGGCUCGCAUACUGUCGCCAUUUAUCCACAGUCCGGACGCACCUUUCUGCUUUGGUGAACACCACUAUAGUUGAUCCAGAUAUACCGUGUCAUGCUAGAGGUGGUCUCUCUGUGGAGGUUUGGGAACGUUUUCUAAAGGACAGCUCUGCUUUUGAGGAAAAGGAGAUACACAGGCUUGUGUAUUUUGGUGGCGUGGCAUCAUCACUUCGCAAAGAGGUUUGGCCCUUUCUGCUGGGUCAUUAUCAGUUUACCAUGACUGAGAAAGCCAGACUGGAGAUUGAUGAUCGUAUGCGAGCAUUGUAUGAACAGACAAUGAAGGAGUGGCAGGGCUGUGAGGUCAUAGUCCGUCAGAGAGAAAGGGAGAAGCACGCCGAGGCCCUCGCUCGAUGUUCCUCAGGAGCCAGCGUAGAACGGGGGCCCAUACAGCGGGACUCCACCAUCAGCACAGAUUCAUCUCUGAGUAGCAGCUCAGACCAACAAAACGCCCACUCACACAGUGACUCCAGCAGCAGUGCUCAGGUGUUUGAAUCAGUUGAGGCCGAACCGAUGCCUGAAGGAGAAGAAAUGCCACCAAUUAGCCUUGUGAAGACCCCAGAAGGUCCACAGCCUUCCACCAGUGAAUCCUCCACCCUUGCUGUGUCAAUUGAACAACCACUUCCAGAUAAUGCUACUGUACCUGAGUUAACAGAAGAACCUGCAGCCAAAGUAUCUGAAAUUGUCAAUGAAGAAACUGUCAUAGUAUCAGACCCAGCAAUCAGUGAAUCUGCUGGUCAAGAUAUCAAACUCCCAGAUCUUGAGGAAGAAGCUGUGAUCCCAAAGAAUGAGGUUAAUGAAAAAAGUGAAGUUGCUGCAGAGACAGGAAUAAAUAAUUCCAAAGAGACAUCUGCAGCUGAGAGUGAAGAGCUCACGACUCAUGAAGUUGUAAAAGAAGUAGACAUGAAUACGAACGUGAAGUCAGCUCCAGAAAACACUAAUGUCCUGAAGCUGGAAACGGAAGUACACAACGAAUAUUUCCAAGCACCUCCACUUGGAGAAACUUUGACUCUUCAAGCAAACAAGAGCAAAGAUCUGGAAGGUGAAAGCUCGUGUCCAGCAACAUUAAGAGAAAAGGAUGAUCCCCAAAGUGACAAAAAGCCACAGGAUUCUAAAAAACCUGAAAAUACAGAAACAACCGUUUGUGACUUUGCUGAAACCAAAAAAGCCACAGAGAUGCAACUUGAGAAACCUGGUUCAAACUCUCCAGUCAGACAAGUACUAAAUGCCCUGCAGACUGCCUCAAGAGGCAGCUUUUCAUUAUCGUGUCACUCUCGGCAGUCCCCAGACGCAGUGGAUUCAGACGAUUCUCCCUCUGCCUUGGAGAUGGAGGACAUUCCUGCAGGGAUAACAUGUGUGACUUCAGAAGACGUUAAGCCCAGGCUUUUGAUAGGGCUUGCUGCUCCUCCCAUCUCCCUGGCCCAAAGGGAGAAAAUGGCGUCAGAGAGGCUUGCCCAAGAUCAUCAUCUGGACACGGCAUGCAACACCAGUCCUGAGUGCACUGACCUGGGUCUUUCUGAGGAAGAGGCUGAGAUGGACAAUGUGCUUACUGAACCAGAAUCUGCAGAUACGGGAGGUGUGACCAAAUAUGAAGAAUCCUCGGAGGAACAGACCUAUUCUCAAGAAACACUCGACAUGUACUUGAUCAACUUACAUCGCAUUGACAAAGAUGUCAGACGUUGCGACAGAACAUACUGGUACUUUACUGCUGAGAAUCUGGAGAGGUUGCGUAACAUCAUGUGCAGUUACGUGUGGCAGCAUCUGGAGACGGGAUAUGUGCAGGGCAUGUGUGAUUUAUUGGCUCCUCUCCUGGUUAUUCUAGAUGAUGAGGUAAUGGCAUUCAGCUGCUUCACCGAACUGAUGAAGAGGAUGAACCAGAAUUUUCCACAUGGAGGUGCCAUGGAUACUCACUUUGCCAAUAUGCGAUCACUCAUACAGAUCCUGGAUUCUGAACUGUUUGAGCUGAUGCAGCAGAAUGGAGACUACACUCACUUCUACUUCUGUUACCGUUGGUUCCUUCUUGACUUUAAAAGAGAAAUGGUGUAUGAUGAUGUGUUCUCUGUGUGGGAAACAAUCUGGGCAGCCAAGCACACAUCUUCUGAGCACUUUGUGCUUUUCACUGCUCUUGCCCUAGUGGAGAUGUACAGAGACAUCAUUCUUGAAAAUAACAUGGACUUCACAGACAUCAUCAAGUUUUUCAAUGAAAUGGCAGAGCGGCAUGACGUCCCGAAGGUCUUGAUGAAAGCCCGAGAACUUGUCCACCAAGUUCAGACUCUCAUAGAAAACAAGUAACACUAAAAAUGCUGCAUCCCAUGACCCCAUGAUUGGUGUACAACAUUGUUUCAAAGAUCCUGGCACAUGAAGACGUCAACUAAAGCAUUGGGUUGGAGGUCAUUAACGCUGCUCAUUAUCCAAACUGUGGUUGUAAAGCAACCUCUCGCCAGUUGCUCCUCUAUAUUCAGGAGACACAAGCAUUGCCAGUAGAUUUAUUUUUGAAGUGUUAUUGUUCACCCAGUGAAUGUGCCCUUGUAGAUGUUGCUUCAGGAUGUUAUUUAGCCUUAAACUUUGAAGUUUGUUUUCAGGGAUACAGCAACCAAAUUCAUCACUCUCUUUAAAAUAUGUUAUUUCACCUGACACCAUGAGCAUUUUCACAGAAUUGAAUUGUAGCUGCCAUUGUUAAUCAUCUUGUUGAAAACAUUAUUGUUUAUUUGAUAUAGUGUCAUUACAUAAUUUGGAUGAGCAAAUGAUUGUGUCCAAAUUGCAUGUAGACAUCCUUGCUCUGCUUUCGGACCUGGGACACUUAAUCUUCUGUCUUGUGCCUCCGAUGCGCUCAAGCCUUGAAAACAUGCAGACCCAAACUCGGUGCAGCCCAGCAUGAAUGAGCAUAUUUUGGUUGUAGACAUGGUUCAAACAUUUCCACUGGUAGCUUCAGCCUUUAUUCUUCUGCCCUCAUUCUCCGACAUCCCCUAAGCAUUGAUUUAGAGAUGAUUCAGCUCGCUUGAGUUUGUACUUUGACUCAGAUGUCAGUUUUUAUUUCUGUGCAGGCCAGUGCUUCUCAGAAAUCCACCUGUUCACCUGCAGACAUUUAUUGCAUUCACUCAUUCUAUAAACUUACAUAAGAGCUCCGUUUAUGUUGCCGUUGAGGAUGAAAACAUCAGCUGGUGACGCUCAUUAAAUCCAACAAGUGCGGCACCAACAGAUUCUGCUUCAGUGCACGAUCAGGCGAGUGACGCGAGGAUAAGUUUCAGAGGUGAAAAACACGACCGUGCCUCCUCAACACGUUAAACUCCCAUCUUUUGCUUGUACCUCACAGAUUCAUUUUUGUUCUACCAUCAUGGUCAAAUUAGCAGUCAGGAUCUCUCUUCUCUUCAUCUAUACCACAACAAUAUUGUGUUCUUUUUUUCUUAAUUACAAGUGUACAUGCUCACCACUGAGGCUUUAUCUAUGAAGAGUAAUCCUGAUUUUUUAUGACUUUAUACCCAAAGUAUUUUACCAUGACUCAUUAUGUUGUUUAUUCUAAAACUUAGUUUGAUCUUAGUGAAGACAUUCAAUGAUAUUUUGAGUUGCUACUGAUUGAUAAUGCUCUUACAUAUACUAGAAAAAGCACAGAAAAAGUUUUCUUAAACAUUUCGUCUCAUAUGUCAGCUUUCAGAGAUGAAAAACUGUAACAUUUAAUAGAAGUGCAUGUCCUUGAGUGCAUUAUUCCUGGAGAUUUUGAUCCCAACAUAUGGACACCUUUUUUGAGGGGGAGGAUAACCUUAAUAACUUGAAAAUAUCUAAAGAUAAACAUAACAUCUUGAAAAAGAUCAGUUUUGUCAGAUAAAAAUGCUGUUUGUGCUACAUCACAAUUGCAAAAUAUCCGAUACACAUUUGUGUUGGUUCAUUGAUGUGGCUUAAGUUCCAGUGUUUUGGUAUCACUGCUAACGUGUCCCCAUACAAACUAAAAACUGCCUGAAUAUCGCUUCUUGUGUGUUGCUGUUUGUGAUCAGAAGAUAUAAAAUGUGUUGAAGCAGAUUUAUUGUACAAAUACUUAGCUGGUACAUAUUUAAUAAAUGCAAUACAAUGUCUGUAUAUCAGUUAAGUCUAAAUAAUGAUGAAAACAUAAAGCAUAUUCAUGGAAAUAUAUUUAUUUUUUUCUGUCUUCUGAAAUGGUCCCAAGUAUAAUUAAUUUAUUGUGUAUUAAAAAUAUUCUAUUUUGCAUC